AUGUGCGAGCGUGCAUCGGCGUCGCCUAAAUUUGAUUUAAUUAAAACAAUUAACGAUGGAGACGAAGUUUCUAAUUUUUCUGAGGAAUCAAACGAAGAAGAAGAAUUUCAGCCAAAUAAAGAAAAAUCAACGGGUAAUAAAGAAUUCAGCGCUGGUUUUAAUUUCGAUUCAACCGGAGACUGCAAUCAAGAUUCUUGGAGUUACAUAACGAAAUUUGUCAAGAGAACGCCGAAGAGAAAAACCGAAGAUAAAAUCGAAUUGAUUAAAAAUAAGAAAAAAUUAUCAGCAGAAAAUGGUGAAAAUGGUAUCAAGGUUGAGAAUAGCACAGAUGAAGAAGGUGACGAUUAUUUAUCUGAUUCAGAUUUACAACAUGAUAACAUAAAAAUAAAAGAAUUGAAAAAAUCGAAGAAGAAAAAAACUGAAUUGGAGUUUUCCGAAGAAAUAUCAGAAAAUCAUGACAUAACAUCAUUUUAUCAAAUGAAUUUAUCAAGACCUUUAAUGAAAGCAAUAGCUGCCAUGAAUUUUUCUCAUCCGACUCCCAUACAAUGUGCAGCUAUACCAGUAGCAUUGUUAGGAAGAGAUAUUUGCGGAUGUGCUGCCACAGGUACAGGAAAAACAGCUGCUUACAUGCUUCCGAUUUUGGAAAGAUUGUUAUACAAACCGCAGGGAAGUUUAUCGAUAACGAGGGUAUUGGUAUUAGUACCGACUAGAGAAUUAGGAGUACAAGUUAUACAAGUAGCAAAACAAUUAUCUAAAUUUACCACCAUUGAAAUCGGUUUGGCAGUCGGUGGUCUCGAUGUUAAAGUUCAAGAAGCAUUUUUAAGAAAACAACCAGAUAUAGUCAUAGCAACACCUGGAAGAUUAAUAGAUCAUUUGAAAAAUUCAUUAGGUUUUAGUCUUGAUAGUAUUGAAAUUUUAGUUUUGGACGAAGCUGACAGAAUGUUGGAUGAAUAUUUUGCCGAACAAAUGAAAGAAAUUGUUAGACAAUGUUCGAGAACAAGACAAACAAUGUUAUUUUCUGCGACUAUGACAACAGCUGUCGAAGAUUUGGCAAGCGUUUCCCUUAGUAAUCCGGUUAAGAUAUUUGUCGACAGUAAUCAAAGCGUUACAAAUAAUUUGAGGCAGGAAUUUAUAAGGAUAAGAAAAGGACGAGAGGGUGAUAAAGAAGCAGUUUUAGCUGCUUUGGUUCGUAGAACAUUUCGAGCAAAUUGCAUUAUAUUUGUCGCAACAAAAAGUCAAGCGCAUAAACUUCGAAUACUUUUAGGAUUUUUAAACAUGAAGGCUGGAGAAUUACACGGGAAUUUAAGGCAACCGGAACGACUUGACACGCUUAAAAGGUUUAAAAAUGGAGAAUUAGAUAUACUCGUGGCGACGGAUGUUGCAGCCAGAGGUUUGGACAUAUCCGGUGUUAAAACCGUCAUCAAUUACGAUUUGCCCAUGACUUUUGAACAUUACAUUCACAGAGUUGGUAGAACUGCAAGAGCCGGACGUAGCGGAAUAUCCGUUUCUCUUGCUUGCGAAUCCGAGAGGAAAUUAGUCAAGGAAAUUGUUAAAAAAGCAGAAAGACCCGUCAAAUCGAGAAUAAUACCACCGCAAAUAUUAUUGAAAUAUAAGAAAAAAGUCGAAGAACUCGGAGAAGACGUGGAUAAAGUUUUGAAAGAAGAAUUGGAAGAGAGAUUGUUGCAAAAAGCGGAAAUGCAAAUGAAUGCGAUGGAAAAAAAAUUAAAAUCGAAUGAUAACAACAACGACUACGAUAAGACGAGAGAAUGGUUUCAAACGAAGAAACAAAGAAGCGAUGAAAAAAGAAAAUUGAAAAAAAAACGUGAAACGGAAGUCGAAAAGAACAACAAAGUUAAAAAACAAAUUGGAAAGGGUAAAAGGAAAAAGAAGGAAAAAAUUUUACCGCCCCGUAAACCCCCCAAAAAAGGAUUCAAAACCUCAGGGGGGAAUAAAAGAAAUGAAAGGGAUUCGACGAAGAAGAAAAAAGGGAAAAGGAGCGUUUUCGAUUAA